AUGGCCCAUUCACUUGUUAGAAUACCACCAGUUUCAGCAUCAACUUCCCCCAUCUCUUCUUCUACACCACCCAAAGACAAGACCCGUUUCCCAUCUUUCUGGUUUCCUCUUCAUAAUCAUGAUGAUGAUUCAAACGCUGCUCAACCCAUAACCAUAACCAAUCGCAGGACAGUGGCAUUAGGCUUGGCCGGAGCUUUCUCAGGCUUAAUUUUAGGCGAAGUGCAUAAUGCAAGAGCUGCUAAUAAGAGGAAACCGCCACCACCACCAUCUCAACCUGAAGAGAAGAAAGACCCGUCAGUAAGCGGUGUGCUGGCUAAAGUUCUUGCAAGCAAGAAGAGGAAAGAAGCUAUGAAACAGACUGUGGCUGCCUUAAGAGAGAAAGGGAAGACAAUUGAUCAACCCUCCUCAUCAUCUCAAUAG